GUUUCAAAUCUGUUUUUGUUUUAGCCAUUUUUAAUUAUUAUUUUGAAGUACUUUCCAGCAUCAAAUAUCGACUAGUCAAACAGUCACAGGACUUUUAUCAAUGGCGUUUUUAACGAAGAAAAAGAAGUUCAAGUUUCAGACUCAUUUUACUCUGGAGGAGCUGACUGCUGUGCCUUUCGUCAAUGGAGUUCUGUUCUGCAAGAUCCGACUGCUGGAUGGCGGAGACUUCGCCACCGCGUCGUCCAGAGAAGAGGUUCAGGAGAACUGCGUUCGCUGGAAGAAGAAGUUCUCCUUUGUGUGCAAGAUGAGUGCCAACCCCAACACGGGCGUACUGGACCCCUGUAUCUGCAGAGUGUCUGUCCGCAAGGAACUCAAAGGAGGAAAGACGUUUUCAAAGCUGGGCUUUGCUGACCUCAACAUGGCGGAGUUUGCUGGUUCGGGCUCCACCGUACGCUGCUGUUUGCUGGAGGGUUACGACACUAAGAACACUCGGCAGGACAACUCCAUACUGAAGGUAACAAUUGGAAUGACCCUGAUGUCUGGAGACCCUUGCUUUAAAACGCCCCCCAGCACAGCAAAGUCCAUCUCCAUCCCAGGACAGGACCACUCCCUGCAGCUGGACUGCAAAGGGGAGGGCACAGGGGCAGCCCCCACCCCCCCUGGGGGGAUCACCGCGGUACGCUCGCUGAAGUCCCGGCCCUCCGUGCUCAGCUCAGGUCUGCCUGAGGAACCGGAUCAGAACCUGUCCAGCCCGGACGAGGUGUUCCACACUGGCCACUCCCGCAACUCCAGUUACGCCAGCCAGCAGAGCAAGAUAUCAGGUUACAGCACGGAGCACUCCUGCUCCUCCAGCAUGUCCGACCUCACCCACCGCCGCAACACCUCCACUAGCAGCAGCACCUCCGGGGGCUUCAGCCUCAGCGUGGAGGGCCCCCCCGAGGCCGAGAAGGAGCCCAGCCGCCCUGAAAGGCCCCCCCGCCCACCGCGGCCCGUCCUGCCGUCCAACAGACCCUCCAGGAGGAAGAAGGACUCCGUGGAGAGUCAUCCCACCUGGGUGGACGACACCCGCAUUGACGCGGACGACAUCGUGGAGAAGAUCGUCCAGAGCCAGAACUUUGCUGAUGUCAGCAACAAGGAAGACAGCAACCUGAGACUGUUUGUCAGCAGAGACGGCACCACAGCCCUGAGCGGGAUUCAGCUGGGAAACAGGGUGUCCGCUGGCGUCUUUGAGCCAGUGGUGAUUGAGAGCCAUUAGAAGCUGGGGGUUCUGUCUGCGUGGCCCCGUUCUCGCUGCUUUUCCCCCCUCGUCCCCGUGUUGGGAGAUGAGACCCGGAAAGGAUGUAGAACAUCCCAUAGAACCCUGCGCUGUGUGUGAGAACCACACCACCUCUGAGCGGUCCACCACAGCGUACAAAAAAAAAAUCACUAAAAAUAAAAUUGGCCACUAUCCAGAUCUAUAACAUUAUUAACUGUUAUUCACACAUAAACAAUGUUGUUAUUAAUAGCCAAAUAGACCUGUUCUUUGUUUGAAUGCAAUGACCUAAAGACUCUCAGUUCCCACAAGAAGCUGUGCAAACUCCCCAGCGUCCCAUAACUGAAAGGCAUCAUGGGAAUUCCUCCACUGUGAAAGAGCACAAGAGGGCAAAAUCCUAUGGAGUCUUUGCCCAUUCCAUGUGGCUGCCGGGGAGUCUGGGAAACUGAAUCUUUAGGUGUGUAAAUUUUAGCUGUUUUUUUUUUUUUUU